AUGGCCAUGGCGCAGGAAGACUUUGCCCUGUCGUCGGAGUACGGCCUGGACUUUUGCAAGCUCAAAGUCCUUGACGACUUGCGCAUUCGAUCAAUCCUUGAGGCCUUCUUUGAAUGGUCCGGCCUAGGACUCUAUCUACGAUACAGAAGAGAUCCAGGUCACAUAUUCUCCUUUAGGAGGGGUGGCGCAAAGGCUGGUUUGCGCGUCCUGCUUGUUCAGGUGUGGAGCAAGGGAUCUCGAGCGGCAUUCUACAGCGGUUCACAUUUGCAUUCGUUACCUACCGUUCGAGCAGCAAACGACUUGUUCGAAAUACCAUCUGCUGCCUUGAGGAGAGUAGGCUGUGAAGGCAAAGAGACUGAAUUUUCGAAUGGCGGCUUAGUUAUUCUCGACGCUCGACUGUCUUUCGAGAUCAAGCAAGGCUCCGCAACCAUGUUUGCAUUUACAACCAGGGACGAACUGGCGACAUGGGCUAAAAUGAUCCUGCCGAAGUCACCGGGCUUGGCGCAAAAGGUCGCCGAAAUGGAGAGCACAACUAUCGGCGUAAAUUUUGCAUUUGAGGAAUGA